AUGUCAAAACCGAAAGGUGGUUGGAAAAAACUAAAAGAAUCUCAAAAGAAAAAAGAAAAUACAAUUAUUAAUGAACCGGACUUACAUGUGGUAAGUUCAUCAAAUUCAUUUACUGAUGAUUGUUCUAAUAGUAAUGCCAUAAUUUUGAACUCUAACGACCCCGGAGUUUGGGAUUUAACAUCUACCAAAUUAAAAUCUUACGUGUUAGAAAAAGGGCCAACAUUUUUUCAAAAUAAAGAUGCUGAUUUAUCUUUAACUAAAAAACUUUAUGAAAAUCCUAAAAUAAAUCGUUAUUUAAGCAAAAAUGCAUUUUUCUAUAGAAAACCUAAUGAACGUGGUCUACCAUUUAGAGGUUCAGACGAACACUUCGGGUCAAAAAAUAAUGGAAAUUAUCUUGGAAUAUUGGAACUUCUUUCAAAAUUUGACCCAUUUUUAGCACAACAUAUAUCUGUACACGGAAAUCGAGGGAAAGGACAUGUAUCUUAUCUAUCUAAAACUAUUUGCAAUGAAUUUAUUGCACUUAUUGCAAAAAAAAACUCGUACAAUGAUUAUAGAUCAAAUAAAAAAAUCCGAUAUGUAAAUAACGAUGGUCCAGUAGAACGUUUUAUUACUUUUAUUCAUAUAACUAGCCAUACUGGUGCAUAUCUUGCUUCGUGUUUACUCGAUUUUUUAAAAGAUAAUGAUAUUAAGAUAGAAAACUGUCGUGGGCAGAGCUAUGACAACGCUAGCAACAUGAGCGGGACUUAUUCAGGUAUGCAAGCAGAAAUAAAAAAGUGCAAUUCAUUUAUUGAUUACAUACCGUGUAUUGCACACUCGCUAAAUCUCGUUGGACAAUCUGCUGUAGAUUGUUGCAUUGAAGCAGUUUCAUUUUUCGGUUAUGUACAAGAACUUUACAAUUUUUUCUCCGUAUCUACCCAUCGCUGGGAUAUUUUAAAAAAAACUUUAGUAAAAAUCUGUCCAGUUACUAAAUCUAAAUCAAAUACUAGAUGGAGUGCAAAUGCUCGAGCUGUAAAAGCAUUAUAUUUAAGCUACGAAAAUAUUAAUGAAGCGUUAAAAAAAAUUCAAAAUGAUCCAUUUCAACCACAAUCAAAUCGUCACCAAGCAGGAAGUUUAAGUAAAGUUCUCGGUCAUUUAGAAACGGGCAUUAUGUGUGAAUUGUGGCAUAAUAUCCUCGAACCUUUUAAUAAUUGCAGUAAAAGUGUUCAAAAUAGCGAAAUUGAUUUAUAUACUGCAAUUAAUUUAAUUGAAAGUCUUAAAAUUGUCUUUCAAAAUAUUAGGUGCCAAUAUGAUGAAUAUGAAAGAAAUGGCAUGAAAAGGACUAAAAAUGAAGACUACAAAUUGACUAGACACCGAAAAAAAAUUAAAAUAAAUGAAAGUAGUUCUCAUGAACUAAGUGCAAAAGAGUCAUUUAAAAUAAACAAUUUUUAUGUAAUAAUUGAUCAGCUUUAUAGUGCUCUAGCACAUAGAAUUAACGCUUAUACUUGUGAUUUUGGAAUUUUGAGCAUCGAGAGUGAAUUUGUGAAAUCUCUAGACUUGGAUGAUGUUAUUCGAACUUUUUCAAAUGAAAAAACCAGAAAAAAAGAAUUAUGUAUAGAUGAAGAGGAGAGACAAGUGAACAGUUGCAAUGAUGACAGUGACUAA